AGACACGCAUGUCACAACAACGCACCUUUUCCCUAACAUGUUUACUGCUCCACCCAUCUCAACUCUUCCUCUCUUAUCUCUCAGCAGGAAGUCGGUGGAAGGGGAGGAAAAGGGAGGAAGUGGUGCGCACUGUUGAGUAGUUUCCCAGUCGCUAUGACUACCUCACACCCCUCCAUCUACAGAGCUGUCGUCUUGUUGCUACGGUGACCUGAUCCCGUUCCAUCUCUGCUGCUAUUGAAGAUCUGGAUUGGGCUGAUAAAGAAGAACAAUCCAGGAGAGACAUCUUAUUUCUCUAAGAACAGCUUGUGGAUGGGACAGCGGAUUCCAGGCAGGGACGCAGAUUGGUGGACAGGAGGGAGCAGCGUGGCGGGAAUGCUGCGGGAGUAGCACAGAGACGUUGCUUGGAAACAGCAACAUGCCAGUGCAGCAGAUAACUGUGGUUCCGGCAAGGGAAGCGGCUACCAAUGUCAAGAGCACGCCUCGCUCCAAAGACAAGAAUGAGCAGGGCAGGAAGGCACCUGGGCGCUCGGGGAGCCGACACAGCAACAUCUCCAAGGCGAGCAACACCACAGCUGCACAUGCCACGGCCUCAAGGACGUCGAUAACCCCAUCGGUUCAGGACAUAUGUAGUUCUGGCCAGCAGACCCGGUUAGAGGGAGAUGCUUCUGAGUCCCGCAAACACAACAAGCACACACGCAAUAACCCUGCAAUGACGGUCGCCAGCACAGCGGUGAGCUCGUCGGCUCAGGCCCAGAAAAAGCAGGUGAAGAGGCGUCACCGGCGUAAGAGGAGCAGCUGCACCACCGUGGACUGCGUGGAGGCCAACGGCCGACAGGAGCAGAGUGACCGCAGCCCCAGCUCUGAGCGCGCCGAGCUGGGCGAGAAGAGAGAGCGUUCCUUCAGGAACCGCAGGGAGCUCGCUCCCCGCCUCCGCUGCUCCGGCGCCCCCCACUCCGACUCCUCCACCGAGGAAGAAGCGGGCCGUGGCUCCCGUAGCUGGAGCAAAGAGAAAGCUCGAAGAGCCCGCCGGCGCAGCGUGAGCAGCAGAGAGAGAGAUGCAACAAACUGCCGUAAAGGAGAAGACAAAGCCGAGUUAAUGGAGCUGCAGUCAGUAGGCUCGGAUGAAGGGAAGGAGAAUCAGCAUCUGAUGGAAGACAGCAACGGCCUUAAGAAGCGGCACCAGAUCACGAGUUCAAUGAAGAGAGAAGGCCGUGUGUCAGAGAGGGAGAGAUCACGGAGCAGAGAGAAAGAGAAGCAGAGCCACAAGUCAAGGAGCCCAAGAGGCAGCUCCUCACUGGCAGAAGAUGGCGAGGAGCUCAUCACUAAGAGAUACCAGGAGAGGGGGUCUGGUGGUGGGGACAUGUCAGUGCCCACACCACAGAAACACUGCGGUAUGAAUGGGACCUCAUUGCGACACUGCUCAGAGGACUCUGAGCUGGAGGUCUGCAGGAUUUGCCACUGCGAGGGGGAUGACGACUGCCCUCUAAUAACACCAUGUCACUGCACAGGAAGCCUGAGCUUUGUCCAUCAGGACUGCCUCAACCAGUGGAUCAAGUCCUCAGACACUCGCUGCUGUGAACUCUGCAAGUUUGACUUCAUCAUGGAGACGAGGCUCAAACCUUUAAACACGUGGGAGGAGCUGCACAUGACCAAGAGUGAAAGGAGAAAGAUCUUCUGUUCAGUGUUGUUUCACCUGAUAGCAAUAGUGUGUAUGUUGUGGUCUGUUUACAUUCUGGUGAGGAGAACGACUGAAGAGCUCAGACUUGGGAGGAACGACGAGUUAUGGAGAGUUUCACUUCAGAAGUUCUAUUCGGAGCAGGGUAUAAUCGAGUGGCCCUUCUGGACCAAGCUUAUCGUGGUGGGCAUUGGCUUUACAGGCGGCCUCAUCUUCAUGUACAUCCAGUGUAAAGUCUACCUGCAGCUCUGGCGCCGCCUCAAGGCCUUCAACCGCAUCAUCACCGUGCAGAACUGCCCAGAGAAAAACUUGCACAGCACCAUGAGCAACGGCAGGCACGAAACCGUGGAGGUCCCGGUUUCCCCAGCCCCCGUCCCGUCUCCAGAGGCACAGGUGGACUCCGACAUGUCCGUGGAGGCUGCGGUGGCACCGGCGCAAAACCCCGUCUGACCGAUUCACCAGAUCAGAUUAAUCACACCCUGCAUCCGACAAGAUGAGCCGGUGUGAUUUAGACCUGUGCAGCAUUUUAAUGUUUUUCUCAGCUCCAGAGAGGGCUGAUCUUGAGAUGCAACAGAUGAUUUUGAAGAGAACGGAUCCGGUUUUUCACUUAUGCAAGAAAACUGAAAGCUCCGGUGCUUGUGGUGAUGUGAAAGUACAAAAUAUGAAAGGUGUGAACAGAAGUGCGGGGAAGGACAUGAAAAAAAGCGAGGAAAGACUGUGAAGACUGGUUAAAUGGUAAACUGCCAGUUUAUUUGUAUGCACUUUUUAAAACCAGCACUGACAUAAGUGAAACUUGUGAAAGCCCUGUGGAUGCGAUCUACUUCAAGGUCUCAAUAUGCUUCAAGACUGUGUCAAGUAGUGAAAAUAUUUCAACGAGUUUGGAAAGAUGAGAGGCAUGCAGAACUGUAAAUCCAGCAACAACCGUACCAUGGAGUUGAGUAAUUAAUGAGUAAGGAAGGCUUCUAUGUUACUGUGAGAGGUUCAACACCUCUCCCAGUGCUGUGCACUUUAAAUGGCCUCAGAUCAAGCAUGUCCCAUACUCUGAUACACCUCAGAACCUCACACCCUGAUCAGCCCUGCUUUUCUUUUUCUUUAAAUAUGCAACAGGCUCAUCCUCAUGAGAUCCAAAUCCUCCACUUAAGAAUUUCCAAACUGCUAAAGUGACUUUGUUGAGUCUCUUAAACUCAUAAACCUCCUGAUUGGGUGUAACGGAUCCAAAACUUCACCCCAAAAGCAUUUUUAUUAGAGCCUGAGAAAAACUAAAAUGGGCACUUGUAUCUGAAUGAAAAAGAAAACAUAAGUUUUGUAAAAUGUGUAUAAAAAAAAAAGAAAAUGGUGUGGAGAUGAUCCGACUAGCACUUUGUCUGAAGCAUACUGAGGCCAUAACGGUGGUUCUGGACAAUCAGGUAGUCAGACACCAAAGAGGCAUAUAACAAGGAGAGAAACAGUUAUUCAAACUAAAUAUCUACUGGUAUAUCAGUCAAAAGUCUGUAAUAUUUUGAGGUUGACUUUCACAGAAAAAAUACUCAAUAAUUGUUCAAAUAUACCAACUAGUAAUCCGUUUGUAAUGAUGAUGUUUUGCAGCUGUAGGGCCCCGGAGGUCAGUUAUUACACAUUAAUGUAACUAGAAAGUUCAUGGUUGCCAUCUGUUCAUGUUUUUCUGUUAGACUAUAGUCGUGAUUGUCUUGGUUUAUCGUUCUUUUCUACAGGUUUUAAAUUUCCUUUCUUUGUGUCUUAAAUUCGCUAUAACAUCUUAGAACUCUUUCUAGCUCCGUGCAGGUUACAUACAACACUAUUUUUGUCUGUGCAAUAAAAAAUGAAUGUAGACUACCCAGAGAAGCUGUUUUAACAUCAAUGUCUGGAUACAGAAUACAAAUCUUUAUUUAAGGAUAGUUAAUGUCCAAGAUCCACAGAGACUCUCAUGCAAAGGUGACCGUCACUGGGAGUCUGACAUCUCCACGGCCUCAUCCACUUCCUCAUUGUCCAAAUCAUCUUCAGCCUCUUCUGUCGCCUCAGCUUCAUUUUUUGUGUCCGGGGAUUUAUUUGAAACCUUUCGCAGUUUGAUAUUUGGAAGUUUCUUCAGAUCUCCAGUCCACUCUCUGCAAUGACGAUACACAAAUAUUCAACAUAUCUCACAAUCAAAAUCCAUUUAAAAGUUCACAUUGUGAUUUGUUUUUCUUUUUAAAUAUUAUCAGCUGUGGAGACUUGAUUACUGACAUCCCUAAGAUGGUGUUUGUUACAUGCUGGGUCACUGGUGUUUGAGAGACUACCAGUGACGAAUACCAGUCUUGCUCUGCUCUCAGUUACUAAAUAAUACCGUGACAAUUUGUCAGAAGGUUAUCACAGCAUUAGGUUUUAAUAUGGAUCUGUGCUGAAGUGCUGAAAAUCCAGCUGUUCUUGACACAUCUGUUAGAGAGCUCUUGGGUACGAGGUCGAGUAAACGUCAAGAACAUGUACGGAUCUCUAACACUAAAGAUGUUGCUCAAUAUCAACUCUACUGUUACAUUUGUGCACUUUUGUCCUAAUAAAAUAUAUUUAUGUCAG